GUUCGAGGUUCUGAGGCACUCAAUGGAAAGGCAGUAGGCCUGUACUUUUCAGCCCAUUGGUGCCCGCCCUGCCGAGCGUUCACGCCGGUCCUUGCCGAGGUGUACCGCACACUGAAGCAUAAGCGCGACGACUUCGAGGUUGUCUUCGUUAGUGGAGACCGAGAUGCGGCGCAAGCCGAGGAAUACUUUGCGCGCAUGCCAUGGCUGGCGAUCCCAUUUGAGGAGCACACUGUGCGCCAGCAGCUCAGCAGCAAGUUCUCUGUCAUGGGGAUUCCCCGCCUGGUGAUUGUGGCGCCCGACGGCGAGGCAAGUUUUGCUAGCUUUGUAUUGCCAGGCAUACAAGGCAUUGCCCUUAUAUGUGCAUUCCUGGGUGUGCAGGUGAUUGCCAAUGAUGCACGCAGCGCAGUCAUGAGCGAUCGGAGGGGCGAGCAGUUUCCCUGGAAGGGCGCCAGUUCUGGGUCUCAAGGCCUCAUCGGGUAA